AGUUUCAGUAGAUUGGUUGUCACCUGUGUGCUCAGUUUGGCCUCAUCCCCAAGUGCACUCGGUGCGCUAAGAGUUCAAUUGGCGUUCGCGGGGUUAUUACAAUUUCGUGUUGGUGAUCGCGGGGUUAUCGUGUAUAUUUUUUCCGCUUUAUUCCGUAGGAGAACAACAGUGGUUUUAUAUACUUCCCACCAGCAGCUAUUAUUCGUCAGAUUUGUAGCGAGAAACGAGAGUGAGUUUGACUUAUGACUGGUUCCCGAAAGAGAUAAAUGUCUAAUUCACCUCAUGAUGUAGUCAUAAGCGCCUCCUUUGUGUCGAGACGAAGACAAAACUGGGUGUGAGAGAUUUUUUUUCCUCCUUUCGACAAUAUGUGGCAAUCGGCGCCCAGCGUGGCUUGUCAACCUGUCAUUGGUUAUUAGCAUCGAUAUUCGAUGUACCAGGAAUCUAAAUAGCUGGCUUUUAGUAUCCAGAGCGAACAGAGCUAGUGCAUACUUCUGGCUUUAGUAUCCAGAGCGUUCGAACUGACCUAGUGCAAACUUCGUAUCAGCCAUAUUCCCCCACUCGAACUCUAUCGCGUCGUUCUGAAACUUGAACGCGCUUACUAGUACCUCAGACACCGAUAUAUAUACAUAUAUAUAUACAUAUACAUUCCGCCAAGUCUUAUAUAUAAACAUUUGUGACAACGGCUCGCGCCAGAACUGGUCGCCUGUGAAGCGUCCCUGUGACCCAAGUCAAGUCUGUGCCAUUGCGAUCAUAUACUGCUACAACAGCACAGCAGUCUGGCCUGACCGCCUUCCAUACGACGAACUUGGUGGUCUACGUAGAGAGAGGCGCCCCCUGGCUGAGCAGCCAUGACAGUCAACUACACGCAGAAGGUCUCCGACUGCAAAGGGUUUGGUUCCUUCUGGAGACUCCUCUUCAGAUGGCGCGGAAGUGUUUACAAGCUGAUUUGGCCAGAUACCCUGGUAUACUGUUUCCUUUACUUCAUUUGCUCCUUGGUCUACCGAUUUGGUUUGGAUGAACAGCAGAGAAGAACCUUCGAGCAACUCUCCCUCUACUGCGACUACUUCAGGAACCUCAUUCCAAUCUCCUUCGUCCUGGGCUUCUAUGUCAGCGUCGUUGUCCAGCGAUGGUGGGAACAGUACCAGUGUAUUCCUUGGCCUGACUACUUCGCCAUACUCUGCACGUCCUACAUCAGAGGCAGGGAUGGCCCGCCGAAGCUCCUAAGGUCAACUUUGCUCCGAUACGUCAUGUUGAGCAUUGCAAUGUUAUUCAGCAGGAUUUCUGGAAAGGUCAGGAAGAAACUGCCAAACUUGAAGUCUAUCUUAGAUGCAGGGUACAUGACUGUUGAAGAAAUGCGCAUCCUGGAAAAACAAGCGGAAACAUCCAACGUCCCCGUGGUCUGUGUUCCUCUCAUGUGGUGUUCUAUGCUGCUGGAGAAGGGCCGCACUCAGGGCUACAUCAUGAACGACUUUGGCAUGAAGCAGCUUUUGGGAGAGCUGGGGAAUAUACGAGAUAAAUGCGGGAUGGUGAUGAGGUGGACUGACAUCAGCAUUCCUCUGGUGUACACCCAGGUAGCAACCAUGGCUGUCUACUCAUUCUUCUUCUUCUCCGUUCUGGGCCGUCAGUUCCUGGACCCAGCACAAGGUUAUGAUAACAGAACGAUCGAUUUCUUUGUCCCCAUCUUCACUCUGCUGCAGUUUUUCUUCUACAUGGGAUGGCUCAAAGUUGCCGAGUCACUUGUCAAUCCUUUUGGCGAAGAUGACGAUGAUUUUGAUAUGGAUCAGCUCUUGGAGAGACACACUGAGAUGUCAUACCUGUUGGGUUACGUCACCCCAACAGAAAUUCCCUCGAUGGUACAAGACCUAAACAACAUGGUGCUGCUCGAAGGCAGUCAGAUAGAUAAAGGCAACGGAGGGACGGGAGGCUACCAGAAGCACAAUGAGUGUUCCAUCCCGAACUCCUGCUCCAUCAAGUUAGGUAUCAACGGAAAAUUACCCAAAACAGCCACCCUUCAGCCAAGAAGAAGCUCCACAACCAGCAGUCAUCAAGUGAAGCCAACGACACUGCUAACCAGUCCCUCAGGCACCUUGAAGCCGACUGCCACUGCUACGAGGAUGCCUAGCUUGUCACCCAGCAUCGAGGCACUCAACAAUAUCCAGCAACCAUCUAUGGGGUCCAUUUUGACACCAGAGGUGGCGUCUGCUGGGACCAAUUCCAGUAUAGAGGACCCUAGUAACUCUUUCGAUUUUCUCUGGGAACAGAUGGAAGUGGGCAAUACUUCAGACGACCAAGAUUCUGCCCGAGACAACACCCCUAUUCUAAGUGGGAGCUCCGGUCAUCUUGAAGCCAACUCUCCCACAAUCAGCUCAGCGACGACGCCGACGGAAGAGGCGGCUGUCACCUGCAGAUUCCCCGAAACGCAGUCCAACUCAGGUCAUCCUGGAUCCGAUACGAUAAGGUCAGGUCAUCACAAAAGCUUGAGAAUCAUGCCAGGUCACGCUGGAGAGAGCAAAUUCGCAAAACCUUUGGGUGUGGAGGGUCGUACGAACCCGUCUUAUGUGGACUAAAAACCAGAUUCCUGACGUUUGACAGAAGAAGCCACCUCGCUUGCUCCUGAAGGGGAUGAUGAUCUCACGAAGCCAACGGCAGAGACUUCGGCCUCUUCGUCAAACGUGUAUGAUAGUACUAAGUUUACUCGAGGUCACCCUAAUUCCCGUAUCCUUAAAUUGAGGGACGUGAAGUAUUAUACGGUUGCAAGUGUCGUGUACAUAUAUAUAGUUUGAAAUUGUUAUAUCAUCACAAAUGUUGAUAAGUCUUAAGGAUAUUCCAGGAGACGUAUUGUCACUCGCUGUUCUAUACACUGUUUAGGCUAACGUAGUGCCUUUUCGAAGUGUUACUUCCUUAGAUAUUACAAAUGAAUCUUAUCUAAACUUGGUAAGCCAAGCUGUGAAAAGAAGGAGAACAUAUGGAAACAGAAAGAAAGUAUUCAUUCUUUAUGAAUAGAUUACUAUAUUCUGCUGCUAUGUAUUCAGCUCGGAGAUAGAAAGGUUUAUUACGAACCUAACUGUGGCCAUUUAUAAAGCAGGACGCAGGUGCAAUUUUGUGAAAAUGUUAGAAGGGUUAACGAAAUACUUAUACUCAAAUUUAUAAACUCGGUAAUAGAGCGCCUCAGUGGCGUGGUUGGUAUGGUCUUUGCCUGUCACUUCGGUGGCCGCGAGUUCGAUUCUCGGCCAUUCCAUUGAAGAGUGAGAGAUGUGUAUUUCUGGUGAUAGAAGUUAACUCUCGACGUGGUUCCGAAGUCACGUAUAAAGCCGUUGGUCCCGUUGAUGAAUAACCACUGGUUCCAUGCAACGUAAAAACACCUUACAAACAAACAACUCAAUAACAGUGCUGCAAAGAGUCUUUGUUUUUGACUUUCGAAAUGGAAUAAGUCGUAAAAGAAACCUACCCUUCUUGCAUUCCAGUGAUACCAAAAGAGUUUGAUCGGUUUCCCAAAAUCUUUGGAACUGACCCUGAUUUCUUGGUCCUUCGGUCCCUCCUCCCACAGCGCAGACGGGGAAAGAAAAAACCCCCAUUCUGUAGAGCAGUGGCCUCUGGCCAACACUCAGAAGCCCAGAAGAGGGUCAGUCUUCCGAAAAAAGUGCCAUGUUUCCCUUUGUGAGGUGUGGACGAUCGAGUCAGUAGAAUUAACUGAUUCUAACGUGUUACUGUAUAUAUAAGGUUAUACGAGUUAAUUAUAUUUGCACAUGACGUAGCAAUUGCUUCGGACGAAGUGAACCUCAAUGUAAAGUUAUCUAAACAUUUUUUGUUAUAUCCUCCCAAGUUUUAUUUUUGUUAGGAUGAUUUCUUAGCAGCGCUCAAAUGAAAGAAAGAAGACAGAGGUGGCUUGGGGGAGCUUCUGUUCAAGAGCACCCGGUCCUGACGAUUAUUACUGCAGAUUGAGACUGGGCGUUGAGGAUUUUGUUUUAUUUUUUCAUUUAUUGAUUUUAUUUUAUUUAUUUUUGUCAUGCUUCUUAUGAUACACUAGACAUAUCAGGAUAGGUGAAGCGUCCUCGCGCUAAUCUCAUUCCAUGUGAAUUUGGAUAAUUUUGUGAGUCGUGAAAGGCUCGUUUGGUGGUACUUGGUUUAGAUGCUGCUUUGUGAAAGAAAAUUAGCUAUAGAAAUCUAUAUUAUUUCACAAAGGGGCCUACGUAUACAUAUAUAGGUUUCCCGUCUUUCUGUGGUUUUGUUACAAAGCUAGAUUAAUGAUAUAAAUGUUUUAUACGUAAUGUCUUAUGGUGGGGGAUUUUAUUAUUAUAAUUAUCAUGUGAAAGUUUUACAAUUAUUGAUAAUUACCUCUUCUACCGAAGAGGACAUAUAUGCCAAAGUGACCUUUAACAGAUAUAUGGAUUAUAUACUCUUCGUAAGUUUGCAUUCUCAUUUAGGGUGACAGAUCUUUGAUUCAUUGUUGCAGAUUUGUAAAUAAAGCAUUCGACUUGGAUGUAUAUGUAUGACUCGAGGCAGAAGUCUCAGUUUACCUGAAAAAUCUUAUCUAUUUUUAGAUAACGGUUUAGUGUGAAAGCUGGAAAAUAAAUUUAUACUUUUUAGAU